UGUUAUUUAUAUGGUUGUUUGACGGCAGUUGAUAUUAUUCGUUACUAGAGAGAGAGGCCAACUGAUACAGUCGCCGAAAAAUCAGUUGGAUUCUUCAAUUUAACGAAAAUGAUUUUACUGUACCUAAUUGUUGCCAUGCCGGCAAUAGUCUCUUGCGUAGACUACACACCCGAACUUAGCGAAUACAUUUUCGACCCAUUUCUUCCUAUUGUGAACCAGUUAAAUGUCGUCGACGGUAUACCGAUCACUAAUGCAACAACAACACCCACAGUGAAUCGUUUGCCAACCAAGGAUCAAAUGACAUACUACGUCUAUUAUAUUGCUGUGAACUGGUAUUACGAUGUGAUUAACGAUUUCAACUGCAAAUACUGUUUGAAAAUUAGGCCAGAUAUCGCUCAUCGUACAGCCUUAUUUAAUGACACGUUUGAUACAUUCGCAAUGGUGACAUUAUCACACACUCGUCAAGAAAUUGUUGUCGCAUUUCGAGGAUCAUCCAACUCCAUGAAUCUUUUCCUUGAUUUUGGACUUCCAAUGAACGUUAGAGUGAACGAUGCAAGCAAUAUCAAAGUACACACGGGAUUCUAUUUAGCUACAAUGUCCUUAUAUGCACGAGUGGUUGGAGCUAUAGAAUUCUAUCGAAAGAAUACAGGUUACAAAAUCGUCAUCACCGGUUUGAGUUUGGGUGGAGCCAUUGCCAGAAUGACUUGUUUCUUCCUCAACGAUCGCAAGCAAUUUCCUGGCGCCGCUUAUGAACUAUACACUUUCGGUGAAUUUCGCGUCGGAAAUAUACCAUUUGCGGAGUACAUGAACUCACUGCUCAUGACCAGCGUCAGAGUUGUUCACAGAGCCGAUAUUAUCCCUCACUUACCACCAGUAAAUGUAUUGGGACUUCCGUUACUCUGGGAUCAUUACGUUCAUUGCCAAACCGAGUACUGGAUCCACGGUGAAGAAGCCCAACGAUUCUGUAACCAGAACACGUACGAAGACCCCACAUGCUCUAUAUCAAUCGGUCCAGCCUAUACACUGGUUGAUCAUUUGACGUACUUUGACGUCAGCAUUGGCUCGGCUUUCGCUCAACCGCUGCAACUUGCAACGAUUGGUUUCAAAAUACUUCCAGUGGAACUGAUAGCACCACCGUUGCCGAAGUAUAUUGAAAAUCCGCUUGGUGCAAUCUUAGAAGAUAUAGUUGGAAUCAUUCUGCCAAUUUUCGGAUAGUACAGUAAAGUCCAACACUAUUCUAAUCGAAAUUAAUAGUGACAAAGUGUUGUAUUGCUUUGACUUGACCAAAAUUGUUGAAAAAAUUUCUUUUAUUCAACGAAGGGCGAACGAAACGUGUUACCGUUUACGAUUCGUGACGAAACGUUUUAUCGUUUACAAUCAUAGUGCGGACGAACAACAGGACAAAACAAUGCUGAUUUCGGCGUAUCACG